ACUUGGAGUAACUUCUAGAACUUUCUAGAACUUUCCAGUAAUAUAAAUAGUAGUAUAAACACAGGGGCCUUAAGCCCACCAGUUCAGUUUAGUUCCAGCUGCCUAAGUGGAUAUCUGCAUUUUUCUGAGAUGGCAUCAAGAGGCUGGAAGCAUCCGGCAGACGCAUUUUGCUAUGUCUGCGGCCAAUUUAUCAAGACAAGAGCGAAAAAGUACUCUGUGGAAGCAUCUGCUAAGAUGUGUGAGGCCUACAAGGCAUAUUUCGGCAUGCCUGUUGGGGAUCAAGACAAACCCUGGGCACCUCAUUUCACCUGCGAGCACUGCAAAAAAACUCUGGAAGGAUGGUACAGAGGGGAAAAGAGAGCCAUGAAGUUUGCUAUCCCAAGAAUUUGGCGGGAACCCACUGACCACUCAAGCAACUGCUACUUCUGCAUGGUGGACCCUUCCAAGCGGACCGAGUUCUCUGUGGGGAGGAACAACGUCAAGUGGGAGCCACUGGUGGACCCCCGGAAGGUGCUGAUGCCACCACUGCACAUCAAACUGGGCCUUAUGAAACAAUUUGUCAGAUCUCUAGAUAAGGAGUCAGCAGCCUUCAAGUACCUUCAAGACUUCUUCCCUAAGCUGUCUGAGGCAAAGGUCAAAGCCGAUGUCUUCGUCGGACCACAGAUAAAGAAGAUCCUGGAGUGCAAUGAAUUCCCCAAGAAGCUCACUAGUAAGGAGAAAGCGGCUUGGAACAGCUUUGUCGCAGUGGUUCGGGGCUUCCUGGGCAAUCACAAGGCCGAAAACUAUGUGGAGCUCGUUGAGACUCUGGUGAAGAACUACGGCACAGUGGGCUGUAGGAUGUCCCUCAAAGUCCAUAUCUUUGAUGCUCAUCUUGAUAAAUUCAAGGAGAACAUGGGAGCGUACUCGGAGGAGCAAGGCGAGCACUUCCACCAGGAUAUACUGGACUUUGAACGCCGCUACCAAGGACAGUAUAACGAGAACAUGAUGGGAGACUACAUUUGGGGGCUGAUUCGUGAAAGUGAUUUACAGUAUAAUCGUAAAUCUCGAAAAACUACUCACUUCUAAAUCUUUUGUAGUCAUUUUUGUAUUACUUUAGUAUAAAUACAUGUUAAUUUGGAUUCAUAUGUUGUUUUUUUCUGACUUUAUGUGAACGAAAAGACACAAAUUCGCCCGUUUUCUCAUUGGAAAUAGGUAAAUUUCAAAGUAUCACUGUCCUGGUCACAAAAGCAAAGUCUGUGGGGAAUAAUAGCCAUUUUCUAUACUUUUGAGGCAUAAGCAAUUUGGAAAUAACACUUACUACCCAGGAACAAAAAUUGUGUUACAUAGUGACUGUGCUUCAAUGUAUUUCAUGAACACAAGCUGUCAUGUGUUCUCCAGCAGUGGGUUGAACUGCCUUGUCCUAAUAUGGCUUGGUAGGUAACUUUAUGAAAGACACUAAAGAAAUGUCACUGUUUUUCUGUCAUUUUAAUGUUUUUUAUUGGCACUUAAACUGUUAGCUUAUUUUAAAAAUGAUAGAUAGCACAUAUAGCUUACACAAGACUGACUGUAAAAUGAAUGGUUGCUGGAUAAUGGCAGCAAGGUUUAAUCACAAGCUUCUUUAGUUCAUGGAGCAGUAAGUAUGGAAAAACCUAGCCUACAAGGUAUGGAAAAGUACAGACACUCCCCGGGUUACGCAAGACCCGACUUAUGCAAAUUCAACCUUACGCAAAAAGUUCCAUAAGGCAUAAAUAAAAUUUUCGAGUUGCGGAAAAUAUUGCUUAGCGUGCGGAAAUGCAAAGUAGUGCAGUGUGCGGAGGAAUACAGCAGUAGCAUCUCCUACAAGGGAAGGCUUUGCGCUCUCACAGCCUCUGUCUCGUGUUCUUAUUGUUUCCGAUCGGAUACUCGUGGCACCGUGUUAUUUCAGUGAUACUGUAUUUCUGUUAUUUCACCCUAUUAUUUAAUUCAAAUCAUGACUGGAAAGCGACCAAGUGAUAGCAAGAGUGCAGGACCAGUUCGUAAGCGAAAGAAGAUUGAUAUACGUUAUAUAUUGAUAUAUAUGUUUUCAACUUACGUAAAAUUCGGGUUAUGCAAGGCUUUCCGGAACGGAACGAUUACAUAAGUCGGGGAGCGUAUGUAUAGGGAGCUUUAAUGCAUUAAGUUGAAGUGAACUUUACAAUAGACAAUAGAGUUUUUACUGCUGCACUUGCUUCAAGCUGAUGGCCCAGUGCAUUUUGUUUGUUCUUAUUGUAGAAUGCCAAACUUGUAUGUAAAACCUUUUUGAAUAUUAUUUAUUUUCUUU